AAUAAAUGAGUUUAGGAAUUUAAUAUUUAAAAACUGUUUUCAACGCUGUGUAAUGUCUAUCAUCGGUUAAAUUAGACACAGCUUCGUGAAUUGAGUAAUUCCUCUGCGGUAGUUGUUAAGAAUCGUUCAGCAUAUAAGUCCUUAUGUAGUAUUUGAAUAGUUAUUUUUACCAGUGACUUUAUUUAGAUUUGUGACGUUUUUUUUUGUGUCAGAAAAACGGUUGGUUUUUGUGCCAAAGGGCCAUGUAGUCUCAUCAGUUCUGUAAUUACAUUCUCGCUGUGGCAAUGUCGAGUGCUUUCUUGUUAAUGUAUGUCAGUUGUGGGAAACGGUUUAUUUAAAGGUAGGUUUAUCCAAUUCUAACCAAAGUGGUAAAAUGGGCCAUGCAACGCUGUUGACUGUAAGACAACGGUGAUGGAAUCCUGCUGCGGUUAUCGUUAGGUUUCCAUGUUCUAAGCUGUCGUGUGUGACUGUGCUUUGCUUCUUGGGCGGUACUUUUGUUGUUUAAUUCACUGCAGGAAGUUGGACGGGGUUUGAGAUUUUAUUGCUGCACUGUGGCGGCUGAUGGAUAGUGUAUGAGCCGACACGCAACUGUUUGACAGGAAGCAACGCAACGGGAAAUCAAACGCACCUUGUUUGAGUAUUUUCGGGUAUGUGCGGCGCGCCGAGCAAGCUCACACACACGCGCAGAUACCGCUUGUAGAGUGUGUGUACGUGCGCAAGACUGUUAUUAAUAAACCUUUAGAAACGCACGCCGCAUGCAACAUCAGUAAUACGUAUACCGCCUAUCGAAUUUGGGCGGUGUAUUUUGCUUGCAGUAGUGCCACUCAACGCACGCAGACGGGGUAAAACAGUCAAGAUUUAUAAGUAUUUCUAGACCAAGAAAGCGCUUCCAAUUGGGAGGGUUAGGCUGAAUUGAGAUGAGGCUUAUAUAUCAUGUACUUUUCUUGGAGAUUGUAAUAGUUACAGGCAUUACAUUAUUUCUACAUUUUGUUUCAGUCUUUCUCGACUUUAGUCGGUCACUUUUUCAUAGUUUAUAAAUUGAAAUACUUUGUAAACCGCUGACCAUGGGAUGUGCUGCUUCACGAUCCGAUGAAGAAAAAGGGUUAAAAAAGACUUCAGAUAUGAUCGAUAAGCAGCUCAAGAAGGAUCAGGAAGCUGCAAGAAAAGAGGUGAAACUGCUCCUCCUGGGAGCUGGGGAGUCAGGGAAGAGUACGAUCGCAAAACAGAUGAAAAUUCUUCAUCAAGACGGUUUCUCUGAAUCCGAGAGAAUCAAUUUCAAGCCGGUCGUUUUCGCCAACACUGUCCAGUCUAUGGUUGCCAUAUUGAAGGCGAUGGAGUCUCUUAAUAUUCAGUUUGGUGACCCACAACGUGCCGAUGAUGGCAAGAAACUGCGUGCUGCUUCCGGUCAGAUGGAGGAUGUAGAUUUAGCUACUGACAUCGGACAGUCUCUGAAGCUUCUGUGGGCAGACGACGGCGUGAAGGAAUGUUAUGGGCGUUCAAGGGAGUACCAGCUGAACGACUCCGCCGCUUAUUACCUUGAUGCUCUGGACAGAGUGUGUGAGUCUUCCUAUAUACCCACAGAACAAGACGUGUUGCGGACAAGAGUUAAGACGACGGGUAUCAUUGAAACUACGUUUGAAUAUAAGAACCUCAACUUUACUCUUAUUGACGUCGGAGGACAAAGAUCAGAGAGGAAGAAAUGGAUUCACUGCUUCCAGGAUGUAACUGCCAUUAUAUUCUGCGUCGGGCUCUCCGCUUACGACCAAGUUCUCGCAGAAGACGAAGAGACGAACCGGAUGCGAGAGAGUCUUAAGCUAUUCGAAUCAAUCUGCAAUAACCCGUUCUUUGCAAACACAUCCAUGAUCCUCUUCCUCAAUAAAAAAGAUCUUUUCGAGGAGAAGAUCGUGAACUCUCCUCUCACUAUCUGUUUCCCGGACUACACCGGUGACAAUGACUACGCAUCCGCUUCGGACUACGUCCGUGAGCAAUUCGAGCUGCAAAACAAACACGCCGAAAAGAAGGAGAUUUACACGCACUUUACUUGCGCUACGGACACCGGCAACGUCCGCUUCGUAUUCGACGCUGUGUCCGAUGUUUUGAUGCGGAAGAUCUUGGACACCGUUUUUGGAUCCGGCUAAGUGUAACCGAGGAACACAGGAACCGGAACUUGAUCAGGGCGGGCCCAGAAUCACGGGGAGGGGCCAAUUGGUCCACUGUCGAAAAACUUUCAAAUUAAACGCCGCAUCGACCGUACACCGCCACAAGAGCUUAUAGACAAUUUUAUUUAUUGUUUUGAGCGAAGUAUAUUUUAUAAGAAAAAUCACUCGUCGAUUGCAACGUAUUUGUCGGCGUCCUAUUUCAACUCGAGAAUUUCGUUCUUUUGCUUUCGAGUGUCUGUCCCAGUCUAUCUGUACAUUUACUUGUGGUUGCUACGUGUUUAUGUUUACUAUUUGCAAUGAUAGCAAUGUAACUAUGAGUUACUGGACCGCAAAGUAUCAACAUGAGGUCUAAUAUUUAUCUCCGAGAAUACGAAUUCAUGCCAACGACGAAUGUGCAAAUAUUUUAAGGCUGUUUACCGCCACCCUUUAUUUACUGCCAGUGUUAUUUUUCCUAUUAGAAAACAUCACUGCAAAACGUUAUUAGUUGUCACUUGUGCGGGCUCUCUCCACCGGGACAUGAUAGUCUCGUAAAUUGAAUGUCUUGUGUAUGGAACACAAAACCCGUCUCCGUCUCGACGGGUGGUAAACGAAUCCACAUACUCGUGUUUAAUGAACUCUUCGUUUGCAUUCAAUAGCGAAUUUUCCAAAUGUUAA